AUGUCGAACAUCAUCGGAAAUCGCAACAGUACCCCCGAGACAUCCAGCUCCUCAAUGUCCGGCUCAACCCUCCGCCCGCCCACCUCCGGCACAAUGGCUCCAGGCCACCACCUUCGUGCUUCCGCCGACAUGGGUGCUUUCGGCGCGACCUCUCCUCUCGCUACACGAGGUAUGCGCCCGGCCUCCGAGAUCUACUUCAAUCAGUUUUCGCAGGGUGCCAACGUGGGCAACCCGGAAGAUGCGGCGGAGAAGGCCGCACAGCAGUGGAUUGCAGAUAUCGAUCAGUACGAGAAUACGCUGGAAGAGAUGGCUGCUGCAACGCUGGAUCAGGACUUCAAGGACGAGCUGAGCGCUAUCGAGCAGUGGUUUCGCGUCUUGAGUGAGCCCGAGAGGACGGCCGCGCUGUAUGCUCUCCUGCAGCAGACCACCCAGGUCCAGAUCCGCUUCUUCAUCCAAGUUCUGCAGCAGAUGGCCAAGAGUCAUCCCAUGUCCGGUGUGUUGUCUCCCGCCGCGUUCAAUGAGAAGGAUCCCAUGUCAUCGAGAAUGAACGACGCCAUGAACAAGCUGAACGUCGAAGGCUCUCGCGGCUCUUUUGGCUUCGGCAACAAGCCGCCGCCGUCUCCUGGCGCCAAGCGCAUGUCAGGCCUCGACCCAAGUACCAUCAAGUCCAUGUUCCCAGAUGCCGCAAAUGCCAUCGAAGAUCAAAAGGCCGAGUUUCAAAAGACAACGGGCAACGUUCCCAAGUCCAACAGAAACAGUGCAGUGGGUGAUCGAUCUUCUCAGUAUAUGCCAACAAUAUCUGCACCAGAGGAGGAGCACAAGAGGACCAGUUCCGGCAUUCCCUCUGGGCCUUGGAGGAGUACGAGCAGCUCUCAGCCAGAGAGUCAGCCACCUAUCAGCAGACCAAAGUCCUCGUCAAGCCAGCAGGCCCAGCAAGGUCAAACACCCAUGGGCCAGUUUGGUGUUAGCCAGGCUCCUCCAUCUGCUGGUCUUCGCUCCUCCCGACCGUUCCCGCUGUCUAGCGAUAACAACAUUCAAAGUCAGACUGCUCAUAUCGGCGACCAUGCCAACACUGGCAUGCCAAUUCUAUCACCCUAUGCACCUGGUGCAAGCUGGGCUUCGAUGACGAACACUCCGAUGGUGCCUAACUUCAACACGCAGCAGCAGAGCGCUAAUCAAGCCGACAUGGUAGCCAACGCCACUGCCAUGAAGCUCGCUGCUCUCUCAACAGUGAACAACCGCAUUCAGCUUGAUGACGUUCGCAAAUACAGGCGAGCCCGGUCGCAAGAGGGACAGAAUGGGCAACAGCCCAUGUCGCCCGGUGUUCCAUCGAACAUUCUCAUGACUAACGAACUUGGCCAGAUCCUCACUCCCCAGCAAGCGGCGGCUCUCCAGCAACAGCAGAUUGCUGCUCUCCAAGGCCGACGCUCGCGCCCGAACUCUCCCGGCAUUGCAAUCACAGGCCCGCCAAACGGCCAUGGGCACAACAUGAACGGCAUGCAGAUCCCUCAGAACAAUGGUUACCUCGCCGCCUUUGAUGGAGGCAUGGCUGGACUGAACAACGGAAUGGCUGGUUUGAACAUGGGAAUGGGCACCUUCGGCAUGAGCGAGGGCUAUCUAUCGGAUGCUUCGGAGAUCAACCGUGGUCGAUCCCCACGCGGCCGCAGAGGCAGCAGCAAGCCACCGGAGGAUCCCACCGACCUUGCACUGCUCAAGGACAUUCCAAACUGGCUUCGAACUUUGAGACUACACAAGUACACGGACAAUCUGAAGGAUAUGAGAUGGCAAGAUCUAGUCGCUUUGGACGACGAGGGAUUGGAGAAGCGAGGCGUUGCAGCCAAGGGCGCACGUACGAAGCUAUUGAAGGUAUGUGUAUCAUUCUAUCCGUCGAAUAUAGCUGCUAAUCCGGCUCUUAGGUCUUCGAGCAAGUGCGAGAAGCUCAGAAGGAAGGCCGUCUUUGA